UGCGGCGGCGGCGUGUGGUCCAGUUCGUGGGUGUAGCCUCCCACCAAGUAGAUGGUGUCCUCCACCGAGAGCAUCUGCUGCUUGCGGAUGUGCACCGAGCAUGGUCGGAACGCCGUCCAGGUGUCGGAAGUGGGGCAGUAACGGAGGAGGAAAUCGACGCGCCUGCCUCCGUGCGACUUGACAGCGGCAUCCAUGAGCCGGACUCCACACAGCCGCUCAGCCGCUUCGACUCUCCCGACAGCGGGCCGUACGUGAUCCGAGUCUAGGAUGCGGGAGCCGGCGUGGGCCUCCUGGUUCCCCCGCUGCCUGGUGCUCGUCAUAGCCACUCAGAGGGCGGCUUGCCAGGGCUCCUCGCUGCGUCGAUGCGACGAGACGGACUACUACUACCAGUACACAGAGUGUGACACAACGGGCUCCCGAUGGAGGGUGGCCAUCCCUUUCCGCCCGGGCGCCUGCUCCGACCUCCCACCCCCCAGCAGGGGAACGGACUGCUCCUUCUCCUGCUCAGCUGGUAAGUUCUUGGAGAUGUCCACGCAGUCGUGCACGCCGUGCGCCUCCGGCUCCUACUCGCUGGGCAGUGGCCUCCGCUUUGACCAGUGGGACGCCCUCCCGCUGGGCUUCAUCAGCAUCGCCAGCCUGCUGAGCCCUGGGCCGCACAGCGAGGACCUCCAGGCGUGUAACAACUCGACGUGGACGCCGCAGGGGGUCUACCUGGAGUCCAACAGGGACGAGUGCACGGUGUCGCUGGUGUACGUGGUCCACCUGGAGAAGCAGGGCUCGGUGUCCUUCACCUACCAGUACCCCGAAGGCAACAUGUUCUUCGAGUUCUAUGUGCAGAACGAGCAGUGCCAGGAGAUGAGCCAGAGUGACGAGCAGAAGUGGCUCAAGGUCACCAACCACGGCGAGUGGGCCACGCACCAAAUCAGUCUGUGGGCCGGCACCAACAUCUUGUACUGGAGAACCACUGGGAUCCUGGUGGGCGGGAAGAUGGUCAAACCAGUUCUGCUCAAGGACAUCAAAAUAGAGGGCGUCGCCUACUCGUCCGAGUGCUUUCCCUGCCGACCCGGUUGGUUCAGCCCGACCGCCGGCUCCUCCUCCUGCCAGCCGUGUCCCAGCAACACCUUCUCGGGCAAGGGCUCCUCCUCCUGCUCCCCCUGCCCCGACAACCACUACUCGCAGGAGGGAUGGGCCGAGUGCAAGGUGAGGCCGCCUUGCUCCGACAAGGACUACUUCCAGAUCCACACGGCGUGUGACGGCGAAGGCAAGACGCAGGCGGUGUACCGCUGGGUGGAGCCCAAGGUCUGCGACGAGAACGCCACCGACGCCGUCCUGCUACCCAGCUCGGGUACCAGGAAGUCGUGCCCGCCGUGCAACCCGGGCUUCUACAACAGCAACGACUCCACCUGCUCGCCGUGCCCGCCUGGCAGCCGUUCGGACGGAACCUACGCGUGCACACCUUGCCCUGCAGGUACCGAGCCAGUUCUGGGUUAUGAGUACAGAUGGUGGAACGUGCUUCCCUCCAACAUGAAGACAUCCUGCUUCAACGUGGGAAACUCCAAAUGUGACGGCAUGAACGGUUGGGAGGUCGCGGGCGACUACGUCCGAAGCGGAGCCGGCUCGUCGGACAACGACUACCUCAUCCUCAGCCUCCACCUGCCUGGUUUUAAGGUCCCGGCCUCGCUGUCGGGGAUGAGUGGCGGCGAGGUGGCUCAGAUCACCUUCGAGUUUGAGACCGUCUGCACCGCCGACUGCGAGCUCUACUUCAUGAUGGACGUGCACAGCAAGGGCACCACCGUGGUGGAGUCGUGGGAAGGCAGCAAGCAGAGGCAGUCGUACUCGCACAGCAUCACCCAGAAUAGCUCCGUCACUUUCACGUGGGCCUUCCAGAGGACCAGUCACACUCUGGACGUGCGUCGUUACGUCAGCGACAGCGUGAAGGUCUUCUCCAUCCACGUCACCAACGUCCUGGACGGCGUGGCGUCCGGGUGCCGGGCGUGCGCCCUUGUGCCCGAGAACUCGCAGCGUGCCGGCUCGUCCUGCGUGCCCUGCCCGCCGGGGUUUUACAUCCACGGCGAAACCAACCGCUGCAAGGAGUGCCCCCCCAACACCCACCUGGCGAGGCGCCACACCUACGGCCAGGAGGCGUGCGUCCCGUGCGGGCCGGGAAGCAUCAGCAACAAGGAGCACUCCCGUUGCUACAGCGACUGCUCCUUCUCCUACGCCGAACGCAACCGCACGUUCACCUACGACCUCAGCGCUCUGAGCGACGUGGCCUCGCUCACCCUCGAGCCCAGCUUCACCACCAAGGGCACGAAGUACCUCCACCUCUUCAACAUCAGCCUGUGCGGCCACGAGGGCACGAGAGCCGCCGUCUGCCGGAACAACCUCACCGACUUCAGCGGCGUCUUCAACAAAGACGACCGCGGCGAGGCGGCCCAGCUCGCCAACGCGGUGGACAGCUUCGUCUGUCAGUCCACCAUCAUCCCCGCGGAUGGGCGGGGCUUCAGGAUGCCCAUUUCCUCCCAGUCCAUCGGCCUGGCGGACACUUUCCUCGGCGCCACGGUGGACACGGCCCUGGAUGGCGUCAGCGCCGAACUCCAUCUUUUCCCGGAAAACGCAAACAACAUCCCAGACAUCAACUUCUUCUUCAGGUCCACGCAGGUGACAGCUUCCUGUGAGCAGGGUCGCAGUUCAGUCGUCACGGUUCGCUGCAACGCCCGAAAAUCGGAACGUGGCGAUGUCUCAGUGCCCAGCUCCUGUCCCGCAGGAACGUGCGACGGCUGCACCUUCCACUUCCUGUGGGAGAGCGCCAGCGCCUGCCCCCGCUGCACGCAGGACGACUACCACCAGCUGGACGGAGCGUGCAAAGGCGGCGUCCAGGAGACAUUUUAUUUGUGGAACGAGCCCAAGCUGUGCACAGGGGGCGUCUCGCUGCCUCUGAGAAGCUCCGCCCCCUGCGAGGCCAUCGCCAUGUGGCUGAAGUUUGGGGUGGGCGGCGGCGCCUUCUUGGCGGUGCUGCUCGUCUCCCUCACCUGCUACUUCUGGAAGAAGAACAGGAGGCUGGAGUACAAAUACUCGCGUCUGGUGAUGUCGGCCAACAAGGAGUGUGAGCUUCCCGCCGCAGACAGCUGCGCCCUGGAUGAGGGGGAGGAGCCUGAUGAUGACGCCGUUUACACCCGAAAGCCGUCCCUGCUGGGGAAGCUCCGCGCCAUUGCCAGCAAGCAUGAAGGAGGAGACGACAGCGAGUCCGUGCAGCUGAACAGCUCCCAGUCAGACCGCUGGGUCCUGGGCUAGGCCUUUGCUGAUGUCAUCACGCCUCAGAUGACAAAACACUGGACCAGAUCUCUUUACAAAUACAUUGCUUUUGUACAGUUUUAUUUUGGGGCUUUCUGUUGGGGGUCCUGUAUUUAUAUCAAUGUUGUUUAUUAAAGUCCUAUAUGUCUU